AACCGGUCAACCGUUGCAAAUACACACCUCUUUUGGUUAAGCUAAAAGAAACACAAAAUACUAUGUUAAAACACGACCGACCUUCCAAUUCUAUGUCCGGAAUUAUUCAUGAAAAAUGACACUUCCUUCAAUGAAAACUGUUCAUCUUAAUACUAAGUGGGGUAUACUUGAAAGGGUAUCGAUUUUUCGAAGAUUUUUUAGCUUCCUUUGGGAUAAAAUUCUUGUUUGUUCUAUAGCAAGGCCUAUUCAGUACAGAAGAUUGACUCGCCCGGAUUCAUCAUCAUCAUCUUCUUCUCCGGUGGAAGUUGUGGUGGUUGACGACAAUAAGAACUUGCCGGAGGAUCAUCCUCCGAUGAUAUGCAAUGGGAAUGAAGCGGAUUCGGAUUUGGUUAGUCUGAAGAUUAGUUUGUUAGGUGACUGUCAAAUUGGAAAAACCAGCUUUCUUAUCAAAUAUGUCGGGGAUGAACAAGAGAAAAGCUUACAGAUGACUGGAUUAAAUUUGGUUAACAAAACAUUAUUUGUUCAAGGUGCCAGGAUUGCUUUCAGCAUAUGGGAUGUAGGAGGUGACAGUAACUCACUUGAUCUUCUUCCAAUUGCUUGUAAAAAUGCUGUAGCAAUUUUGUUUAUGUUUGAUCUAACUAGCCGAUGCACUCUUAACGGUGUUGUUGGAUGGUAUAGUCAAGCAAGAAAGUGGAAUCAGACAGCAAUUCCAAUAUUGGUAGGGACCAAAUUUGAUGAUUUUGUUGGUCUUCCCCCAGAUUUGCAAUGGACUAUAGUGACUCAGGCAAGAGCAUAUGCCAGAGCAAUGAAUGCAACCCUUUUCUUCUCAAGUGCUACACAUAAUAUCAAUGUGAACAAGAUCUUCAAAUUCAUCAUGGCUAAACUCUUUAACUUGCCAUGGACAGUUGAGAGAAACUUGACCAUUGGGGAGCCAAUUAUUGACUUCUAAAACCCAUAUCAGCUUAUGGUGGAUACGGGUAUGCUCAAUUUUUCUUUCAAGGUUAUAUCGCACCUAAUACUCAUGUUCAAAGAAUGUGUUAAAUUCAGAAAUUGAAUAUGAGUUGAAGGAACAUGAAAAGUUGAUCGAAAUAGCUAUUCUUUUCAUGUAAAUAUAGCUGAAAGAGAGAGAAUAAGAACAAGGAAAAAAGAAAAGUUUGUUCAAUCAUAGCAGUAAAUCGGCCCCACAAUCAGCCAUUGAUUGUUAGAUUCUUUUUCUUUUGAAUGCUUUACUUUUCCUAGUUUUCUCAUUGUAACAGUUUACACUGACUCCAAAGUAAUAUGUGAUGCUUCAGACUCACACCUAUUCAAGUAA